AUGAAGAAGAGAGUUUCUUUCGAUCUGUUUGAUUCUGAAGAUCUUGAUCUUCCUCUUCCUAAUGUGUUUCCAAUGAAGAAGAGGAAGACGGUUUCACUUAGCCUCUUUGAAGAUCUUCUUCUUCAUGAUCAACAACCACCAUUAAUGCCGCAACCUAUCACUAUGGUUCCUUAUUCAGGCAAAAGAAUCCCCCAGAAAAAGAGAAAGUUGAAGGAAAGUAUCGUACAAGAUGAGCCAGAGCCUCAUCCCGAACCGCUUCUUCCUCAAAUCUUGCAAGAAAUAGGGUUGAAUGGAGGGACCGUGCCGAUUUUCUUGUACCAAAAAAGGCUCACAGGUUCUGAUUCUAAGUCUGAUCAGAAUCGAAUUUUUCUUUCUCACAACAGAGAAAAACUGAUGGAAUUCUUGACACAAGUGGAGCGACAAGUAGUAGAAGUUAACCAAGGCAGUGUCAAGAUUGUAACAAUUGAUCCGGAAGGUAAAUACUAUACGUUGCAUAUGAGGAGGUGGGGUACUUUGAAAAUGGUUGUGCUUAAAAAAGACUGGAGUAAAUUGGUGAAAGCAAACAAUUUGGAAGAAGGUGAUUGGAUUCAACUGUGGGGAUAUCGCCAAAAUUCCCAAUUUCAUUUGGCUUUCAACAUCAAGAAAGCGGCAAAAAAGGUCACCCAUGGGGAUGAAGCAAGCAGUAGCAACGUUGAUGGCAAUGGCAGUAGCAGUUGCGGUGGUGCAAGGGGUAGUAGUAGCGGUUUUGGCCCAAGCAUAGUCUCCGAGGAAUAG